ACGCAGACUGCUUCUACAAACAUUUGUGAAAGACUGUGCAAUAAGUCCAUCUGUGAACUUUCCUUGCUACUAAGUAUUCCGCGGUCAGCUGUUAGUGGCAUUAUAACAAAGUGGAAGCAACUGGGAACAGCAGCAACUCAGCCACAAAGUGGUAGGUUACAUAAAAUGACAGGGUGGGGUCAGCGUAUGCUGAAGCACACAGUGAACAGAAGUCGUCAAUUGUCUGCAGAGUCAAUAGCUAAAGACCGCCAAACUUUGUGUGGUCUUCAGAUUAACACAACAGUGCGUAGAGAGCUUCAUGGAAUGGGUUUCCAUGGCCGAGCAGCUGCAUCCAAGCCUUACAUCACCAAGUGCAAUGCAAAGCGUCGGAAUCAGUGGUGUAAAGCAUGCUGCCACUGGACUAUA